AGGGGUGGGAGGUGCCUGCCAGCGGAUGGUGCAUGAUUGUUCCCUCGUGAGUGCUCGGUUACCUGGUGGUCAUGGAGGUGGUCUCGGCCGAAGAGCUUGACGAAGAAGAGCAGCUGGUGAGAAAGCAUCGCAAGGAGAAGAAGGAGUUGCAAGCCAAAAUUCAAGGUAUGAAGAAUGCUGUUCCCAAGAAUGACAAAAGGAGGAGGAAGCAACUCACUGAAGAUGUUGCUAAGCUGGAAGCAGAAAUGGAACAGAAACAUAGAGAGGAACUGGAGCAAUUGAAGCUGACUUUGAAGGAGAGUAAAAGAGACUUUGAUGCUGUUAACAUUUCAAACUUGGUUCUUGAGAAUCAGCCACCUCGGAUAUCAAGAGCACAGAAGAGACGGGACAAGAAAGCUGCAUUGGAAAAGGAGCAGAAAGAAAGGAUAGCUGAAGCUGAAAUUGAGAACUUACAUGGAGCUAGGCAUGUAGAAAGUGAAAAACUUGCUCAAAUCUUGGCAGCUAGACAGCUGGAGAUUAAACAGAUUCCGUCCGAUGGCCACUGUAUGUACAGAGCCAUUGAGGACCAGCUGGAAGGGCGGGGGUGCCCUCUGACUGUAGCUGCCUUAAGAAGCCAGACUGCUAAAUAUAUGCAAAGCCAUAUGGAGGACUUCCUGCCAUUUUUAACGAACCCUAAUACCGGAGAUAUGUACACCCCAGAAGAGUUUGGAAAGUACUGUGAUGAUAUUGCAAACACAGCUGCAUGGGGAGGUCAACUUGAGCUAAGAGCCCUGUCUCAUAUUUUACAAACACCAAUAGAGAUAAUACAGGCAGAUUCUCCUCCUAUUGUAGUUGGCGAAGAAUAUCCAAAAAAGCCAUUAAUACUUGUAUAUAUGAGACAUGCAUAUGGCUUAGGAGAACAUUACAAUUCUGUUACAUGGUUGGUGAACAGAGCUACUGAAAAUUGCAGCUAGUUUACAAAAUGUUGCACAAAUUAUUUUUUAGUACAGUGUGCUAAUAUGAGUAUUCAUACCAAGUGCUGGAUCAUUCUAAACAUUACUGAAAAACACAACUACCUUAAAUCAGUUUUAUGACAAAGCUGCUAACAAGUUUUUAAAAAAAUAUCAGAGAUAAACUUUAACUGGUGUCCCCUUAGUGGUAUUUUAAAAACACUUAUGAGUCUAUUGUGGAGAACUGCAAGAUGCAAACCUAUUUGUUUAUAUUUUUAUUAAUAUCGGAUCCUGAACAUUCUGUUGAAAUAAAUCUUAAAUGUUUUACUGAAAGCUUUCUGUAACCAUUUCAAUGUAAGUUUUCUUAAAGAAAUGAAAUGACUCAGUUUCUUUGUCAUUGCAAUAAUGUGGGAAUGGUAAUUUCUAAUUUAAUCAUGCUGUAAAUAAACUUAAUUGACCUUGGCUGGGUGGCUCAGUUGGUUAAAGCAUCAUCCUGGCAUGCCAAGGUUGCGGGUUCGAACCCUGGUCAGGGCACAUACAAGAAGCAACCUGUGAAUGCAUGAAUUAGUGGAACAAUAAAUCAAUGUUUCUCUCUCUAAAAUCAAUCAAUAAAAAUAAAUACUAAACUUGAUUGCAGUAACCUUGGUAUUGAUAGGAUUAAUGCUGUGAAGCUUUCUUGUAGCCCCAUCAAAAUGAAGCUAAGAAGCUUGUUUUAAUGAUUAAGAAUUUUAAAAUGGUUUUUUCUAGGUGAGAUCUGUUGUUAAGCUUUUUGAAAUGAGACAAAUUCAAAGGUAAAUAGGUGUUCCCUAUCAGAUUUAAACCUAAGAAUUACAUAUUAGCCUUUUAUUUGUAAUUUAAAAAGACUCAACAGAUUACUGUCUAAUUCAUCUGUUACUACUUGCUGUUUCUUAAACCUCAGAGUGGAAAUAAUACCAUCAUUGCUUUUUUAAAAAAUUUCUUAAAUAAAUUUUUAUUUUCAAUUACAGUUGACAUACAUUAUUAUAUUAGUCAUAGGUGUACACCCCAGUGAUUAGACAUUACAUAACUUAUUAAGUGAUCAUCCAAUAAAUCUCUCAUCCACCUGACACCAUACAUAGUUAUUAGAUGAUUACUGACUAUAUUCCCUAUGCUGUACUUCCCACCCCUGUGACUAUUCUGUAACAAUUUGUACUUAUUAAUCCCUUCACCUUUUUUUCCCCAUCCCCGAUGCCUCUUUCAUCCAGCAACCAUCAAAAUAUUCUUUGUAUCUGUGAUUCUGUUUCUGUUCUGCUUGUUCAUUUAUUUUGUUUUUUUACAUUAAGGUGUUGAUAGAUAUGUAUUUAUUGCCAUUUUACUCAAAAUUUUGAUCUCCUUAAAGAAGACCUUUAACCUUUCAUAUAACACUGGUUUGGUGGUGAUGAGCUCCUUCAGUUAUUUCUUGUCUGGGAAGUUACUCAUCUCUCCUUCAUUUCUAAAUGUUAGCUUUGCUGGGUAGAGUAAUCUUGGUUGUAGGUCCUUGCUUUUCAUCACUUUGAAUAUUUCUUGCCAAUCCUUUCUGACCUGCAAAGUUCCUUUUGAGAAAUCAGCUGACGGCCUGAUGGGUGCUCUCCUGUGGGUGACUAAUUGCUUUUCUCUUGCCUGUUUUUCAAUCCAUGAUCUGAGUUUUUUGGGGGGUCUGAAAUUUAUUAAAAGAAUGAAAUUAUAAAAUACUGAGCACCUUGGCUUUACUUUGAGGUAAUCUAUUUAAAGUUAAAAGAGAGGCAUUAUAAAGUAAUAAAACAAGGUAUUGGAAAACACCUUAUUAGCAGUUGUUUUUUCCUAACAAGUAACAUUUUCUUGAUUAUAGGUUCAUCUUUUAUUUUUUUAAUUUUAAAUGGUCGAUAUGGUUAUGAACAAUAUUUAUAUGGUUAGUUUCUGUUCUUUCAUAGAACAGAUAAAAAUGAUUUUAGUUGUAACUUAAAAUUGCAGUCUUUAAAAAAUGGCAGUUAAUUUAAAAGCAGAUAAACUAAUUCAGUUUGCUAUAUGAUGAUAGUCUAAAAACAUUUCAUAAACUUUUUUUGGUCAUAACUCAAAAAGUAUGUCAGAGUUCUGAAAUAUGUAUUAAGCCAAGAAUUUUAUCCAGUUAAAUAUGUUUACAACUUGUAUAAAGCAAAUAAAAAGAGCGUGUAAAACUAUAGUGGCAAUCUAGUUUUGUUCAUAUUAUCUGUGCCAAAAGAA